AUGUCUGAAAGAAAGGUGAUCAACAAGUACUACCCUCCAGACUAUGAUCCCUUGAAGGAGGAGAAGUUGAAAAAGGUGCGAAAGCCCGGUCCCGCAGGAUGGCCGACUGUGCGAUUGAUGAUACCCUUUUCCAUGAAAUGUCUCAACUGUGGUGAAUAUAUUGGAAAAUCAAAAAAAUUCAACGCUAAAAAAGAGAGCACUAGGGAAGACUACUUAGGGAUUCGCAUUUUCAAUUUCCAUUUCCGAUGUCCACAGUGCUUCUCUGAUUUGGUCUUUCGAACCGACCCCAAAAACGGAGAUUUCGAGUGUGUCUCGGGUUGUAGGCGAAAUUACGAGCGAAAAGAGGGGAAAAUCGCAGCAGAUGAGACUAUGGACGAUAUUGUGAAACGGCUAGAAGAAGAAGAAUACAGAGAAAUGCUGGCGAAAGAAGGAAAAAAAGAGAACGAAGAAACUGCUAUGGAACAGCUUGAGAGACGACUUAAUGAACAACAGAAGGAACAGGAGGCGACGGAAGAGAUCGAGGAACUCCAAGAGAGACACCGACGUCUAGAAAGGGCUAAGCCCAGAAUCCUGGAUGAUCAAGAGUUGCUGGACGAAAAAGAGGCAAAGCUGGCUUUCAAAGCAAAGUCGCAAUCCAAGUUGCUAACGGAGAAUCCCACACAGGAGGGCAAUCAGAUUUCGCUGCUAUCAGGUUAUUCAUCGUCAGACGACGAGACGGUUACGAUAAAACGAAAGAAAUCAUCUUUGGGAAUACGGAAAAAAGUCAAGGUGUAGUUGACUCGCUAUUUUUUGUACACUAAUAUACACGGGCUUAAUCUUUCAACUUGGCGUAGCCCUUAACCAUGGCAUUACUGACACCCACGCGACGUCUCUCCAAGGCUAACAGUAAAUCUCUGAGAACCACAGAUUGUUCCUCACGAGCUUCUCUGUACCGUAUACCAUUGUCUCCGCGAACGGUCACAGAAUCGGAUUUUGCUGAAGACUGCAUCCAGGAAUACUUCUUCUUGGACCCACUCAUCAUCAAUGAAGCUGUAAUAUUGGUCUGUUUGUGUUCUGCAAUCAGAUCUCCAUCCUUUUUAUCCUCAUCGAGACCCAAGGCCAUCCUUCGUUUUAGCCGUUUCUCUUCUCUUUCUUUCUGUUUGGUGGCAAUGUCUCUAAGCGCUUUGGAUAUUUCUGACUUUGUACCGCCCGAUGAUUGUUUCUGCUUUGUCCGUAAUCCGCGCCGUCUGUGUCUCGAGACCACAAGCAGAUCCGUCACUAGACUAGACAUGUACUCCUCACAGGCACUCGACAUGAGAUUUAUCAGCUCCUCAUCAAACUCCAUUCGUCUCAUUCCUUGUUCUUCCAUUGUUCUGUUCAUAAACCAGGCAACCUGUCCUGGACGAAGAAAGUCGUUGGGACUGAGUUGACGCCUCGAAACCUGUAAUCCGCCCAUCAUAGCUUCUUCUUCGGCACGAAGAUUGACUCCUGCUGCUGCCACUGCGUCUGCAAGCUCUUCGGGAUUUUGCUCACCAAAUCGUCCUGAUCCUUUUUGUCUUCCUGGUGCACGACGUAUUUGCUGUGUUGGUUCCUGUUUUGGCCUGUUUCGUUGACUAUCACCAGUCUGAUCCAUUAUAUCGUUGAUGUAAUCCAUAGUAGGCGAUCCGACUGUGGAGAUUGCCACCCCAGCGCCGCCGUCGGCUUCACCUCCUGGUGUAGCAAUUUGGGGAGUGCUGGUCCUGCUUCCAGAAG